AUGGCAGUUUUCCUCCUGGUGGCCCUCUCCACCUCCCACAUCGCGUCCUCGCUCCGCCCAGGUCUCGGUGUGUGCCGUGCAAGUGGCUACCUUCCAGGAAAGUCAGGCAACUGUGAGAAGAGCAACGACCCCGACUGCUGCGAGGAUGGCAAGAGCUUCGAGAAGGGCAAGGACGGCGGCGGUCCUUCCGAGUGUGACAAUUCCUACCACAGCGAUAAGGAGAUGGUCGUUGCGCUCUCCACCGGCUGGUUCAAGAACAUGGCCCGUUGCGGGCACCGCAUCAAGAUCAGCGCCAAUGGCAAGUCUGUGUAUGCCAAGGUGGUGGACGAGUGUGACUCCGUCUAUGGCUGCGACGAAGACCACAACUACGAGCCCCCGUGUGCUAACAACAUCGUUGACGCCUCUCCUGCGGUGUGGAAUGCCUUGGGGCUCGACCAGAACGUCGGCAUGGAGGGCAUCACCUGGUCCGAUGAGUGA